AUGAGAUAUUUACCCUACAGAAAUCAGUUCCUAACUGAGGUUUAUAGUCUAAGCACUGACUGUUGGAGAAGAAUUGAUGUUGCCCCUUCAUGUUAUUUUGCUGGUACGAGACCUGCAAUUGUGAAUGGAGCAGCAUAUUGGAUUGGAUUGAAGAAAACUGAGGGGGGUUUUGAUUUUUUACUUUUGCGUUUUGAAUUGUGUGAUGAGGUUUUUGAGGAGGCAAUGCUGCCAGAUGAUGCUAAAUGUAGUUAUCCUUGCACCCCUGUUUGGGGGAAAUUACUGUUCGGUUUUUUUCGAUUUGAAGGGAGUGAAGGUUGUGAAAUAUGGACAAUGGAUUGUGGCAAAAUGGGUUCUUGGACAAAACAAUUUACUGUUAACUCACGGGGCAUAGUAGGUAAGCUGCUACGCUUGGGAAGGAGUGGUGAACAGCUAAAAGUGAACCUCAUGAAUGAUUUGGUAUCUUAUAAUUUUGAGACCCAAAGAGCCAACGAUUUAGGAAUCAAUGCAAAUUAUCUGACCUUCUGUGCAUAUUCUUAUGUGGAGAGUUUAAUUCAACUUGAUGUUGGAAAGAGUCUUUUUCCACUUGAUGAUAAUGGGAAUCAACAAUGUGAAUUAGCCUGCAGAAAAAGUAAAGGAGAUGCAGCUAUUUACAAGGAACAACUCAAGAAGCAGCAUGGAUUUUGA